CUUCGCCAUUCCAAAUGGACUUUGAUGGAAAGACCCUGAACCUGACCUGGACGAAGCCUUGCCUUGGCCAGCACAACGAGUUCAUGCACUGCUACAGCUUCUAUCGAGGCGUCGAAGUGUCGCGGCCAUUCUGUGUGCACAUCACACUGCUUGAGGACUCUGCGCCCGUCUUCCUGACCCCGAAGCCCUGGACGGAGUUCUACUGGCACAUGGGCAAGAGAGCUUCCUUCGAUGUUGUAGUACAAGACAUGGCUCCACUCGACCUUAUCUCAGUGCUGGAAAUAUACACCAAAACGAUAUUGCCGCCCGAAUUUCAUGUCGACAGUUAUGCGAGGGUGAAUGUAGCAAACAAUGCAAGCAUGUCUCUAUCUCUCACAGCACCGCCUAUCGCUGGUGGAGGCCGAUAUCUCGUUUGCUUCAACGCGUCAGAUACUGCUGGCUCACGCUACAGGAACUGCAGAAGGGGGACAAGGGACUCAAGUCUCUGUGUAUAUAUCAACGUGGAAAGAUGUCGAUACGUUGUAAGACCGCGGGAAACCUUGCAAGAUAUCGCAGGCUUGUUCUGGACGGACUGGGUACAACUGUGGGCUGUCAAUCCAGACAUCAGAAAUCCAGACACACAAAUAGGCUUCAAUCCAGACUCUAACGCCUUCGGGGCGACGAUAAACAUCGGCCACUUGUACCAGGUGUCGGUCGGAGACACAGUCGCGAGCGUAGCGUUCAAGUUCGGGACCACCAUCAAGAAGCUGCUGCAAACAAACGCGGACAUUAUCGAUCAGGUGGACUCAAUCACCUUGAAGGAGGCGAGUACACUGUGCGUGAUCCCGGACUCGUGCCGACGCUAGUGGGGGACGCAGUCUUGGUCCUGUGCUGGAGGAUGCAGCUGUCUGAAGCCAGACUACGAUGCAUGUUAACGGAAUAGUCCGCCGAAGCUCUCGAUGGCCCGGGAGGGCCACGGGCGAUACUGUCGUCUUCUUGGUGAAAGGCUUGAUGAACACCC